AUUAAAUGUCUGAAUCUGAAAUCCUUACUCGUUCUAAUUUUAUAUUUUCUGAAUGACCCACUUAAUACGAAUUGAAUGCAAUUUCUAUGUACUUUACUUUACUAAUUGUUUUUAAUUAGCACAUUCAAAUAUUUUGAUAUAACAAUAUUUACAUUUAAGUUAGCAUGAGUGCAAUAUUCAACUUUCAAAGUUUAUUAUCCGUAAUAUUACUCUUAAUAUGCACUUGUGCAUACUUAAGAUCAUUCUUCCCUAGUAUCAUAGACCGCAAUAAAACUGGGCUUUUUGGAACCUUCUGGAAAUGUGCACGAAUUGGUGAACGAAAAUCUCCCUAUGUGGCAACUUGUUGUGUGAUAAUGGCUUUUACAAUACUUUUUCUGACGUAAUAGAUCAAUUAUAGAAUAUUAAGAGUAUAUAAUAUACCAAGUGAAACAGGAACAUUAAAUAAACUAUGAUAAAUAAAUAAAAAACUUUUUAUUUA